AUGCGUGCGUUUUACCUGCAGAGGUGUUUCAGUAUGCAUGCAUGCGUGCGUGUGUGUGCUUUACCUGCACAGAUGUUUAAGUGCGCAUGCGUGUGUGUUUUACCUGCACAGGUGUUUGAGUGUACGUGCAUGCUUUACCUGCACAGAUGUUUAUGUGUGCAUGCGUGCGUUUUUUACUUGCACAGGUGUUUCAGUAUGCAUGCAUGUGUGCAUGUGUGUUUUACCUGCACAGGUGUUUCAGUAUGCAUGCGUGUGUGUUUUACCUGCACGGGUGUUUUAGUAUGCAUGCGUGUGUGUGUUUUACCUGCACAGGUGUUUCAGUAUGCAUGCGUGUGUGUGUUUUACCUGCACAGGUGUUUCAGUAUGCAUGCGUGUGUGUGUGUUUUACCUGCACAGGUGUUUCAGUAUGCAUGCGUGUGUGUGUGUGUUUUACCUGCACAGGUGUUUCAGUAUGCAUGCGUGUGUGUGUGUGUUUUACCUGCACAGGUGUUUCAGUAUGCAUGCGUGUGUGUGUUUUACCUGCACAGGUGUUUCAGUAUGCAUGCGUGUGUGUGUUUUACCUGCACAGGUGUUUCAGUAUGCAUGCGUAUGUGUGUUUUACCUGCACAGGCGUUUCAGUAUGCAUGCGUGCGUUUUUUACUUGCACAGGUGUUUCAGUAUCCAUGCAUGUGUGCGUGUGUGUGUGUUCUACCUGCACAGGUGUUUCAAUAUGCAUGCAUGUGUGUUUUACCUGCACAGGUGUUUCAAUAUGCAUGCGUGUGUGUUUCAGAAUUUCAGCAUUGCUUGCAGCUGGAGUUGGCAUCAUCCCCCACUCCUCUGGAUGUCGAGGGGAAAUGGACGAGGUUUAGGACUGUGGCUCAUGUAACUGCAAUGGCAGUUUUGGGCACACGGUCCAGACCUCCUCAGAAACCCUGGCUGAUGGAGGAGGUGUUCAGGCUGGCUGAGAAAAAGCAACAGGCCCACUCUCAUCGUCUACAGCAUCCCACGUCAGAGAAUGAGGAGGCUUACCGCAGCCUUCGCUCAGAGGUUUGGAGAGCCGUGAGGCGCUGCAAGGAUGGUUGGUGGUCGCGGGUUGCUGAGGAGAUGGAGUCUGCCUCAGUGGCCCACGUUCACAAAUCGCUCUUUAAUUCCAUCAAAAAAGUUACUUGCAGCGCCACACCUAUUACCAUCAUUAGGGGAAAGAAUGGUGAUCCAAUCUCCGACCCCCAGAAACAGGUUUGCAGAUUUGCUGAGCAUUUCUGUGAGGUCCUGGGGGAGGGGAAGUCCCUGAGCCUGGAAAACAUUGUGGGACAAAGUGGGGAUGACCCUGCUGGGGCUGCGGUGCCACAAAUAUUAGAGGAAGAAGUCGCUCGCUGUGGGUGGCUGGCUGAGGUGCCAUCUUUGGAGGAAGUACUGAAGGCGAUCCAGAGCCUGAGACUAGGAAAGGCACCGGGCAGAGAUGAUCUCCCCAGUGAAAUGCUGAGGGAGGGCGGUGUUUGUGCACAGACUGCCCUACAUGACAUCAUAACAACAGUCUAG